AUGAGUAAAUAACCUGAGUAUAUACUUGACUCAUAUAAAGUGCCUUAUUAUUUAUAAGAUUCAUGCUUAAAUGAAUUUAUGUAUUACCAAUAAUGUUAAAGACAUAAUCCUCUAUUUUUUGAAAAUAAAUUAAUUCAUUCUUUACCUUGCCUUAAGUAAUGGUGCUAAAAAUAGUAAAUAUUUGUGUGAGGGUAAAUUUAAUUUGAAUAGUUUAAGAAUAGAGAGAGAGAAUUAUUUGAAAAAAUGAGAAAGAUUUAUGUAGAAAGUGUAAGAAAAGGAGAAGAAAAAUGA